ACUGCUUUCUGCUUGUCUCAUAGAAGAGAGCAGAUCUGCAUAAUUUUUUCCUAGAUUAGCUAUGAAUGUAGCAUAUUGUCAAAGUGUCUUUUUAACACGCUAAUAACAAAAGUACAGCUUGUGUUAAGAAAAACCAGUAUGCCUUGAAUUUCUCAAUAUGACUUUUUUCUUUCAGGAAGGCACCAGAAUAGUUCAGCCUGUCCUUUUGGGGAAAAUUAUUAGUUAUUUGGAAUACUAUGAUCCCAGUGAUUCUGCCGCCUUCCACGAAGCCUUGGCCUACGCCGCAGGGCUGAGCGUCUGCGUGCUCACCUGGGCCUUUCUGCACCACUUGUACUUCUAUCACAUUCAGCGUGUGGGGAUGAGGCUGAGGUUAGCCGUGUGCCACAUGAUUUACCGCAAGGCACUUCGCCUGAGCAACUCGGCCACAAGGGAGACCAGCACCGGCCAGAUAGUCAAUCUGCUGUCCAAUGACGUGAACAGGUUUGACCAGGUGACAAUGUUCCUGCACUUUCUGUGGGUGGGGCCUCUGCAGGCUGUCGUGGUGACCGCCCUGCUCUGGAUGGAAGUAGGAAUAUCGUGUCUUGCGGGGAUGGCGGUUCUAAUUCUUCUCCUGCUUUUGCAAAGCUGCAUCGGGAAGUUGUUUUCAUCACUCCGGAAUAAGACUGCAGCUUACACAGAUGACAGGAUCAGGACCGUGAGUGAAGUUAUAACUGGCAUCAGAACAGUAAAAAUGUACACUUGGGAAAAGUCACUUGCGGAUCUCAUUGCCAGAUUGAGAAGGAAGGAAGUUUCCAAGAUUCUGAGAAGUUCCUACCUUAGAGGACUGAAUUUGGCAUCAUUUUUCGCUGUGAGCAAAAUCAUGAUUUUUGUCACCUUCAUCACCAGUGAAGUCCUUGAGAAUGUGAUCACAGCCAGCCAAGUGUUUGUGGUGGUGACACUGUUCGAGGCUCUGCGGUUGACGGGUACCCUCCAUUUCCCCAUGGCCGUUGAGAAGGUAUCUGAGGCGGUCGUCAGCAUCCGAAGAGUCAAGAACUUUCUGUUACUCGAUGAGGUAUCAGAGCGCAACUCUCAGCUGCCAUCAGAUGGCGAAACGAUAGUACAGUUGCAAGAUUUCACUGCUUUUUGGGACAAGGCAUCUGAAACCCCAGCCCUUCAAGGCCUUUCCUUUACUGUCAGACCCGGGCAACUGUUAGCUGUGGCUGGACCUGUGGGAGCAGGAAAGUCGUCACUGUUGAGUGCGGUGCUGGGAGAGCUGCCCCCAGGCCAGGGGCAGGUCACCGUGCGUGGGAGGAUCGCGUAUGUUCCUCAGCAGCCCUGGCUGUUUCCCGGAACCGUGAGGAGUAAUAUUUUAUUUGGGAAGAAAUAUGAAAAAGACCGAUAUGAAAAAGUACUAAAGGCUUGUGCUCUGGAAGAGGAUUUGCAGCUUUUGGUUGGCAGGGAUCUAACUGUGGUUGGAGACCGGGGAACCCCACUGAGCGCCGGGCAGAAAGCCCGCAUCAGCCUCGCAAGAGCCGUGUAUCAGGACGCGGACAUCUACCUCCUGGACGACCCGCUCAGCGCCCUCGAUGCAGGAGUCAGCAGGCACCUGUUUGAACAGUGUAUUUGUCAAGCCUUGUGUGAGAAGAUCACAAUCUUAGUGACCCAUCAGCUGCAGUACCUAAAGGAUGCAAGUCAGAUUCUGAUAUUGAAAGAUGGCAAAAUUAUGAAAAAGGGGACUUAUGUUGAGUUUCCAAAACCUGGGGUAGAUUUUGAAGAUAUCCUUUUAAAGACGAAUGAAGAGGCUGAACCAUCUCGAGUUCCAGACUCUCCCACUCUGAGGGGUCAGCCCUCCGAAUCUUCUGUUCAGCCUCAAGAGUCUCCCAGACCCUCGCUGGAAGAUGCUGCCCCUGAGGACCAAGAUACUGAGAAUACACAGGUUGCCCUGUCACUGGAAAGCCGUUCAGAGGGAAAAGUUGAUUUUAAGGCCUACAAGGAUUACUUCACAGCUGGUGCUCACUGGAAUAUCAUCAUUUUCCUUAUUCUCGUAAACAUCGCAGCUCAGGUGUCCUAUGUCCUUCAGGAUUGGUGGCUCUCAUCCUGGGCAAAUGAACAGAGUACCCUGUAUGCCAUGGCAUAUGGAAAAGGAAAAGAAAUUUUGAUACCUGAUCCUGGCUGGUACUUUACACCUUAUUCGGUUCUCACUGCAGGUACCGUGCUAUUUGGCAUCUCGAGGUCUCUGUUGAUGUUCUACGUCCUUGUUAAUUCUUCACAAACUCUGCACAAGCAAAUGUUGGAGUCCGUUUUGAGAGCUCCGGUAUUGUUCUUCGAUAGAAAUCCAACAGGAAGGAUUUUAAAUCGUUUCUCCAAAGACACUGGGCAUAUGGAUGACUUGCUGCCCCAGAUCUUUCAAGAUUUCGUGCAGGUAAAGUAACAGUCACAUCGACGUUCUCACAGGGAAAAGCCAAGUCCCUGUUUUUC